AUAGCCGCGUAUAAAAGGCAAAUGAAGUAGCAGAAUCCAUACAUAAUACAAACAGAUUACGAGCAGUUAACAUAUAUCGAUAUAAUUCCAUUCAUAAGUUUUUAUUAAUACGAUUUUAUUUUGUGUUUAUUGUUGUCAAAUAACAAAAGAUCAUGGCCAACGCGAUUGUAAACUUUAGAUUUUCCUGCCCGAUUGGCAGGUAUUCGCCGAUUUCCUUUGAAAAAUCUGAUUCGGAUCUAAAGGAAAUCAGUAUGAGUGAAGUGUCGUGGCAUGACAACCGUCACGACUGUUGGAUAGUGGUCUAUGACAGAGUGUUCGACAUCACAAGCUUCAUCAAUGAGCACGAAGGUGGGGAUGAAGUACUGCUUGACCAAGCCGGCCGGGAUGCCACCACAGCCUUCAGAGGUGCCGGACAUGGGCCUGCGAUCUACAAAAGGCUGGAGAAGUACCUCAUAGGGGAACUACCCGUGAACGAGAGACUCUUCAGGAAGCCUGGUGGUAUAAAGCUAUCCGGUAUGCCAGAAUAAGGCUUGAUUGGAUUGGACUCAGUAUUGCUGGCUCAAUUGAAAAAUACUACUCAGUAUUGCUGGAUCGUUUUGAGAUUAAAAUGAAGUUACGUUAGAGUUAGCACACUAGGCUUUUUAAAAAUUGAAAGAUUUUUAAUUUAUAUUAAUCUAUUUAUUUAUUUAAAUUUAAUUUAUUUAUUAUGAGUAGCGUAUGUAUAAUGUUCCAAGAAAAGUAGCAAAAUUUUAACUCCUAGUCACUGUUAUUGCAAUAUUAAGUAUUUGUUUAUUGUCAGUACUUUUAUGUAAGUUUCGCCAUUUAAGUCAAAGAAAUAUUUCAUAAUUUAUUUAAUCUAAGCAAUGUUUAAUUUGAAUUUACACUAAUUUAUUGUUUAUAUUUAUUUUUUACACUUAAUAGGCGAUAACACAAAAAAUUUAAGGAAAAACGGGUAAGCUAGGACAUAUAGUCUAUCCAAUGGAGAAUUACAUGUAUUCGACCGAAAACUAACAAAAAAAAAGACA